AUGGCAUCAUCGAAGGACCCGCGUUGGCCACGCCUGCUGCCACGUCCUCAAGGAAGAAACAAGACCACCCAGCAGGAGCACCAGAAGCUGGGAGCGGUGGAACAAUCAUCAGGGCCGGACGCCACCGCUACCAGCCCCGGGAGGACCCCGAUAUCGCCGGGCUGUGCGCGGGCUAACGGUACCGACCGCAACACGUCCAAGCUCACAGUGGUGGGCUCCGGGCGCCACCGACCCCCGUCGCUGGUCUGUCCCUCCGCGCACUCCGCCACCACGGCCGCCAUCGAUAAGCCGCCCCCGACCAUCGUCGUCUUCAACUCGCCCAUGUCAUCCGCCACUAGCUCUGCUGCCGACGCCGCCACCGCCGUCGCCGACGACAACAAUGUCGAUGGUGACAGCAGCUCCGUCGAUGCCGGCUCGCAGUCCAACAACAGCUCGGGAUCCGACUGGGCCGCCCUCUGCCACCACCCUUCCGGCGCCAACGACAACAACAGCAACAGCGCCGUCAGCCCGGCGGCGGGGGGAGAACUCCGUCAGGACUACGCUGCCGCCGCCCAGUUGCUCGGCGUCCCGACAAGGAUCAUCUCGACGACGGAGAGUAGGUCGAACCCUCCGUCUCCUACCGGUAGCGACGAAGCAGCCUCAGUGGGUAGUAUCCCGGCCGACCAGCAGCAGGAGAAGAAGGAGGAGCAAGAGAGGAGGAAGCAGCGGAGGGAGGCGGACUUGCUUCUCCAGGCGGGCAUUGCGCGGGUGGCGGGCACGGCUCGCUCGUCGUCGCUUUCGCCCGCUGCUGGUGCUGCGUUGGACCAGAGGAGGAACACACACGGCGGCGGCGGCGGCAGCGGCAGCGGCAACAUUCGCAGCAAAGCGCUGCCGCAGCCGCGUCCACUUCAGCUGUGGUCGCCGUGGCGGGCGGCAAUGACUGAGGGCGACGACAGCGAACCCGGCGGCGCAGCAGGCAAACUCCCGGCCGCGAAAGCUCUCGACGACGACACGCCGUCUCUGGAGGAGGAGGCAGGCUCGGGCGGCGGUGGGAACGGGCUGUGGCAGUUCUUGGCCAGAGGCGUAGCGGCGCUCGCGGUGCCCGACACGAACCCGGAGGUGCUGACGGAGGCGGCGGCGGCGGCGGCCGAGGAAGCGGCGGCGGCGGCGGUGGCGGCGGCCCUCGGUGCCGGGCCUGUAGUGGUUGGCGGCGAGCCUGUGGAUGACGGAGAUGCGCUGUCGUCGGCGUCGUCGCUGCUGCGCAUGGAGGAGGAGGAGGAGGAGGAGGAGAAGGGCGGCGGCGAAGGAGGGGAGGAGCCGCGGUAUGAGGAGGAGGAAGGUGGUGCUGGUGCUGGUGGCGCGGGCUACGAGUUCUCCGACUUCGACGAGGAGGACGAGGAAGAGGGCAUGAUGGUGGACGUGAUGAGCGCGAUCAUCGAGGGGGAGGCGGAGGACGAGUCGGAACGGUCGUCCUUGUCUCCGUCUUCUACCGCUUUCCGCUCAAACGGUAGCAACAACAACAACAACAACAACAACAACAAUGCCCACAACUACGACGACGACGAAGGCCUCAGACCCGAGCGGUCCGGAGAAGAAGAACAAGCUUCGGACCCCGCCGAGCGAACAGGUGGCCACGAAGAGCCCGUCGGAGGCGGAGACAACGAUUACCAGGGAGGCAAGCAAGAACACGCUGCUGCUGCUGCUUCUGCUGCUGCUGGUGAUGAUGAUUAUGAAGAUGACUCUGACGAGGAGGUGUGGGUGUGGUCGCCGGACGACGUCGAGAUGCGAAGCGAGUUCAGCAGCAUGCCAGGCGGCAGCAGCAUCCGCGGCGACAGCACCAGCUUCCACGGCGACAGCAGCGUGCGCGUUCCGGGGAAUGAUGACCUCGAGGAAGAGGAGACCGACGUCGACGAAGACAUGCCCGUCACCAAGCAAGAGGGUCACCGCAGCAGCAGCAGCAGCAGCGUGGAUGGCAACGGCGGUGAGGGUGGUGCCCGCGACUCGGCGUGCGAGGUUCUGCCGAUGAGCAUCGGUGCCCGCGCUUGCGGAGACUCGGCGUGCGAGGUCCUGCCGAGGGAAGGAGACGACGUGGUCGAGCGGGCCCAUACCAUUGAGAAGAAGAGCGAGGAAGAGGGGAGACAGAAUCAGCAGGUAGUAGAGGUGGUCGAUGCGAUGGAGGAAAGACGCCUGGAGCAGCAGCAGGUGGUGGUUGAGGAGGUCACCACGGAGGAGGCGGUGGCAGAGGCGGCGGGGACGGUGUUGGUGAUGACCGACCCGAGCCGAGCUGCUGCAGGAGAGGAAGAUGGCUCGGACGAUGCUAACACCAUCUCCACGCCCGCAGUCGUUACCGCCGACAACGCCGCGAUCGCCCCCUCGCUUGAAGACAGCAGUCCCGAGGAGGUGGAGGAAGAAGAAGAGGAGCAGCACAGCAGUGACCAGCAGCAGCAGCAGCUCCUGGCUCGCGACAGUUGCAGCCGCAGCCGCGCCGGCAGCAUCAAGGGUGGCGAUGUCGAGUCCGUUGCCUCGGACUAUCAGUGCGGAGGCGGCGGUGGCGGCGGCGGCGGCGGCGGCGACGGCGGCGGCAGCAGCAGCGACAACGCCAGCAGUGACUACCAGUCUGACAAUGACAACCACAAGGAAGAGGAUCAAGAUGGCAACGACAACGACAACGACGACGAAGGGGAGGAGGACGACGUUUUCACCAAGUUCGACAACGAAGCAAUGCCCAUGGCUGCCGUGCCGACAACGGCGACAACAGAAUCAGAACCGUCCGCCGAGGGUGCUCCAUCAUCACCAAGGGGCGAUGCGGCGGCGGCAGGGAACAAAACCGGCGAGGGCGCCGGGGCGGGUGGCGUCUGGGCCGACUUCGGGUGCACGGAUGGGUACGGCGAUGGGUACGGCGACAGCGACGCCGAGAGCGAGUACACACCAGAAGAGGCGAUCGAGGUCCUGCGGAAGGCGGCCAUCAGGUACUCCACCGCCGGGAGGGCGGUGGCGGGGGGGCUCCGCGCCAGCAGCGCCGGGGGGAGGAGCACGGGCAGCCUCAGGAGCUUGCUGCAGCAGGCGGCGGCGGAGGAGGAGGAAGAGGAAGAGGAAGCUGCUACUGGAGAUGGGGAUGGAGGAGGGAAGGGAAUCAGUACUCCUGUCCCGUCUCGUUGGUCGUCUGCCCGCUCUCCGCUGCUUGUCGCCGCCGAGACCGAUAAUUGCGGCGAGGAGGAGGGAGGCGGGGAGCAGAGGGAAAGCCCGGAGAGUAUGCUCAAGAUGGAGAAGAGCUUCAAGAAGGCGUGCGGGAUUCUUGCCGUAGCCGCCGCGACCGCCGGCAUCACGGCGCCGGCAAACUCCGUCGUCGUGACCCCGCGCCCCCUCUCGUCCAUCGUCGAGGGAAGCUCCCCCGGCGUCCAGGCGCCAGAGCCCCCGUCCACUCCGCGGGGCCCCUCCUCAUCCUCCGACGACGACGACAAGAAGAACGGCGCCGCCAUGUUUGCAACUCCCGCGAGGGCCGGUAGGGGCGGUGCAGCCGACGACAGCAGGGACGCCGUUGCCGUGUUUGCCACUCCUGCCCGGGCCAGCCGAAGCGGUGCAGCGGAAGACAACAACAACGGCGCCGCCAUGUUUACAACUCCCGCGAGGGCCGGUAGGGGCGACGCAGCCGACUACAAGAACACCGCCGCCAUGUUCACGACUCCGGCGAGGGCCGGUAGGAGCAGGGCCGGUAGGAGCGGGCGGUUCACCGGAGGAAAGAAGCGGCACAACCGAAUCAUGUGCUCUUCUUUUGAAGAAGAGGGGGAAGAGGAGGACCAAGCGUUUGGGGACGGAAACGACGGCGGCGCGGGUGCGCCUCCUGCCGGCAAGCAUGGCCUCGGGGUGGACGCCGGGUGUUUCGGGAGGCCAAGCAACAACAACGGCAACGGCAGCGGGAUCCGGCGGAAGGGAAGCGGCAUGAUAAGGAACAUCGUCGACGCCGUGACGCCCGGCCGCGAGCCAACUCCCGAGCCGACCCCCGCCAUCGCUUCCGUCCCAAUCACCGCUGCUGAGGUUGUCCCCGCUGUAGAUGGGGCCACCGCGGCGGAGAAAAAUGAGCGUAGUGAUGAUGGGGUCGGUCGCGCGAAUGCCGUGGCGGCCAAAGCUGCCGCCUCCAUAAAGGCCAAGAAGGAUGCGGCCGCCGCUGCUGCUGCCGUCAGCGCCGUGAUCGCGGCGAAGAAGGCGGAGGACAAGAAGAGAGAGGCCGAGGAAGCGGCUGUCGCUGCAGCUGCUGCAGCCGCCGCCGCCGCCGCGGCCGCCGCCGCCGCCGCCGGUGAGGAGACGGCCCCGCAAGAGGUUGUGGUUCCGGCGGAUGCAACGACCCGCGACGAGAGUGUGCAAGACGAGGUGGUGGAACAGGAGGCACAGGUAGGCGGAGAGGAGGAGGUGGUGGUAGUCGGCGUCGUGGCGGACGAGCCGAAGGGGGACGACGAUGCUAUCGUAAAGUCGGAGCGACGUGAGAUGGAGGAGGACGAUGGUGUGGUCGUGGAGGGAGAGCAGUCGAGCGACCGGAAGAUGCUUGUCAGCGAGGGCGUGGUGAUGGAGCGGGCCGACAUCGCUGGGGCUGACCUUGUCCUGGUGAAGGGUCAGCUGGAGGGGGCCAUGAACGUGAAGAACUUGGACAUCGAGAAAGGAGCCAUCGUGAAGGGGGACGUGCUCGCCGACUACGUUACCGUCAAGGGCAGCUUCGACGGGAACAUCGAGUGCAAGGACCUGUUGAUUGUCAGGCGCGGCGGUACGUGCUCUGGAAAGGUCUCGUACGCGGAGAUGAGGGUAGAGCCCGGGGCUAACGUGGAGGCCACCAUGCGACUACUCGGCGCCGCCGAUGCUAAGGACAAGGACGGGUACCCCACCGUCCUCUCUCUGCCCGCUGGCGUCUUCGCGGUCGCACCCACCGCCGCCGCCGCCGUUGCCCCGACGGCAUCGGCGACGGCACCGCCGGUCGCGCCGGAUACCACUUCAGUUGUGCCGCCGCCGUCGCCCACCUCCACAUCCGGAGAGGAGGAGCCGGAGGCGUCGGCGACGUCGACGCCUUCGGCAUCGUCGGACACCCCUGCAGCUGUGGCCGCCGCAGUUGCCCCCGCUUCUCCCGCCGCCGCAGCCGCCACCGCUCCCGCGGAGUUGAUCUCGACGGAACUCCCGAGUCCGUCGAGGCGGUCGUGGACCUGGGCUGAGGUGCGCGCGGCCAGGGCCGGGGGCGCCGCCGCUGGGGGGCUCGUCGGGUUGCGGGCCGCGCGGGCCAGGCGUGCGGCUGCGGCGACGGCUGCUGCCUCUGCCGUGUCGAAGGCGGCCGCGCUCUCGAAGGAGACGGCGGCCGCGGCGGCGGCGGCCGUGCCGGCAGCGCCUGCGGCGGCGCCGGUAUCGCCUGCGGAACCGGUGUCCAAGACCUCUUGCCCUUCGAAGACUAACAAGGCUUCCAAGCUCCCGGCGGACGAGGAAGGCGGCAACAACAACAAGGGAGAGCAGCAGCAGCAGCAGCAGCAGCAGCAGCAGCAGCAGCAGCAGCAGGAGGCCGUUGUGCCAGCGUCGACGGACGAGAGAAAAGUCAACAACGAGGAGGUGGAAGAGGAGGUUGUGCUUGUCACUACCCCUGGGGGCGGGGCUGGGGUCCGCAGACGCGCGUGGGCCAACAGCAACGGCGGCAGCGGCAGCGGCAGCGGCAGCGGUCACGACUUGGUCGACGUUGGGCCCCUUACUUCUCCCAUCCCUUCGGGGCUGCUGAGGAAGCACCGAUCCUUGCACUCGUCGUCGUCGUGUGCGGCCCCCGCGCUGGAGCUCCCGACUUUCACGUUGCCGACGACUCCGGCCGGCCUAGAGGCUGCGGUGGCGGUCAUGGAGCAGAAGCAGCGCGGGGCGGGAGCGGUCAGGCUUUCCGCCAGCAGCGGGGCGGCAAGCAGCGGGGCGGCAUCGGCAGCAGCGGCGGCAGCGGCAGCGGCGGCAGCGGCGGAGAAAGAAGAACCCGAUUCGGUGGCGAAAGUCGCCGUGCCGGGUGGGGUGGACCGCGGCGACGGUGUCGUCAGCACCAGCACCAGCACCGGGCUCACCAUCGUGGCCGUGUCCCCAUGCAACACCAACCAAGUCGGCCACUUCACCACCAUCACUUCGCCCUGCUCGGGGGGUGCUCCUCCUUUCGCUACAACCGCCGCCGCCUCCGGUAGCGGCGGUGUCUCUUCCUCCCUCUCGCCCUCUCGGCGGUUGCUCAGCCCCUCCGCAAAGGGUGCCCUGGUCGAGGAAGGGAAGCGGGCGCUCCUAGCGGCCAGGAAGGAGAAGCGGGAGCGGGAGAGGCUCGCCGAGCUCGCCGCGAGGGUUGCUGCCCCCUCCAAGACGGACGAUGCCGCCGCAGACGAACGUCGUCUAGCCGAGAGCAAGAGGAUGACCCUACAGGAGAAGGCGGCCGCGGCGGUGAUGCCGUGGGGCGCCGGGGUCGGAGUCGCCGCCACUUCGAGGAGAAAAAACCUGGUUGAGGCCAUCCCGGCGUCUUUGUCGCCGAAGCCCAAGAGAGCCGGUGACGAGGGCGAGGCGGAUGUCCUCGAUGACCCUCAACACUACCACCAGCGCUGGCUCCAGCAGCAGCAGAAGAAGAAGCAGCAGGAGAAGGACCAGGAGCAGGAGCAAGAGGAGCCGGCUACUUCUUCCACGAAGAAGCUCGGAGGAGGAGCGAGAGCGUUCCUGCUCAACCUCGUGCCGGGAGCAGAGAGAGUUAACCCCGGCGGCGGCGGCGGCGGCGAAACCCCCGCUACCAAGACCCCCGAGUGCACGCCCCCCGGGAGUUCCAACGGCGGCAGGGAUGCGUCAUCAUCGUCAUCGUCUCAUCAUUUCUCGAGGAGGUUCCGCCGCACCAACAGCCUGGAGAACAAGGGGGACCGCGGAUGGCGGGUGGGAAAGGGGGGGGGCGGCGCGAUGGCCAAGCAGCCCUCGUCCCCCCUGCUGUUGUACUCGAAUUCCGAUGACACCGCGGCACAAUCGACGGCGGUUUCACCCGGAGCCAGCGGCGGAGGCGUUAUGGCGGGAGUGAACCCCGGGGGCGACAGCGGAGGACGAUCGUCACUGGCUCUUGCCGGGGUCGAGAGCGGCAGCAAGAACGGGACGUGCUCCGGCGGCGGUGCCACUGCCCUGGGAGAGAAGACGGCGGGGAUAAUCACGGCGCCGUUUGCGGCGGUCGGCGGGGCGAUCGCUGCCCGGAGGAGGGUCAGGGGGUGGAGGACUGUAGUGGGCGGCGUCGAGGCCGGGGACCUUUACCAAUGAAUGCCAAUGAAUGGGAGGGACCCUUCUACGAUAGUUUUAGCAACAGUUUGUGACAGGGACGGAUCUUUUAACUGCUCUUCUUGGAGUGAUGGCAUCAUCACCCGAGUUGCUACAUUUUGUGGCCUUGCUACAAUCAAUCGAUGAUGAUGCCCAUGACGUAAGCAGAAUAUUGUUGGCUAGCUUUUAUCGACUGAACGAAUGAAUUCAUUUGAUGGGGGGGGGAAAUGGCCACCACGCGUAGAGACUUGUUCGUUCGUGUUUUUUCUGUUGUUUUUCGUUCUGUCCUCCUGUCGAUGUAGCCACAAAGAAAGGUUGAUUGGGUAUCUUCUGCGGGUAUUUGUUGCGCGGUGUGCGUCAUGACUAAUCUAGUUUCUUGGAAUCAGUUAUUCUGUAUUAUUUCCGAGAUCCUUCCCGCGCCGUUGGUUUUAUACGUCCAACGGGGUAGGCGUCAUUGAUUGUUGACAGGAGGUGUGUAUGAUUCCACGGACAGUGGGCGCUUUGUGAUGCGUAUAGAGCAAGGAGAGAGCAGAUAGAUGUGAUGCCGUACGCAUAUCAAUUCAUUAUGUGCAGCAUUUAUUCUCCUCUUUUUCGUGGACCACGUGAGUUGUCGCGUAUGUAUGGUUGGUUUUGUGACAUGUAUACAAUUGUUUUAUAUUUACCGCAUUCGUUCGGUGCUUUGUACACCACGCUCCUCUUUUGUUUUGACGUCCAGUCCAGUUGGGAGUUGUGCUUCCAUGUGCAGGGUGACAUCAGAUAGAAUGCGC